UGCUGCACACACAAAAAAGGCGACCUUCCCCCCCUCCUCUUCCCUCCCCCUCGCUCCUGAUGGCUCCCUUAGGUGAAGUUGGGAACUAUUUCGGGGUCCAAGAUGCGGCGCCUUUUGGGAACGUGCCGGUCUUGCCGGCCGACAGCCCGGUCUUGCUAAGCGACCACCUGGGGCAGUCCGAAGCAGCGGGUCUCCCCCGGGGGCCGGCCGUGACGGACCUGGAUCAUUUAAAAGGGAUCCUGAGGCGGAGGCAGCUCUACUGCAGGACUGGAUUUCAUUUAGAAAUUUUCCCCAAUGGUACGAUCCAAGGAACCAGGCAAGACCACAGCAGAUUUGGUAUCCUGGAAUUUAUCAGUAUAGCAGUGGGCCUGGUCAGCAUUCGAGGGGUAGACAGUGGACUUUAUCUUGGAAUGAACGAGAAAGGGGAAUUAUACGGCUCAGAAAAGUUAACCCAAGAGUGUGUGUUCAGAGAACAAUUUGAAGAGAACUGGUAUAACACAUAUUCAUCGAACCUAUAUAAGCAUGUGGACACUGGAAGACGAUAUUAUGUUGCAUUAAAUCGAGAUGGGACUCCAAGAGAAGGGACUAGGACUAAACGGCAUCAAAAAUUCACACAUUUUUUACCUAGACCAGUGGACCCGGAGAAAGUCCCUGAACUAUAUAAGGAUAUUUUAAGCCAAAGUUGACAAAGACAUUUCCUUCACGUGAGCCCUUAAAAAAGAAAAAAAAGUAACCACUAUAAAGGUUUCAUGCGGUGGGUUCUUUGAUUAGCUGUGUCAUCACAUCAGCUCCACACUGUUGCCAAACUUUUUCGCAUGCAUGAUGUAUGAUGGAGGCUUGGAUGGAACAUGCUGAUUUCAUUCUGCACUUAAAGGGUUUGUCUUCCUGGAAGAGAGCCUAUGCCCAUCGCUUGAUUUAUUAUGAGAGGGAGGAAGGAAGGAAGAGUAAGAAGUGUGUGAAGGGGAAAGAGAAAGAGGGUAAAAGGGAGAAGCUGAAGCAAGAAGGAAGGGGGGAAAGGCCUGAUGCAUGCUGGGAAAUAGACACGCUUUUAAAUUUUUUGAUCCGUUGUACUUCAUCCUAUAUCGGCAUAGUUGCCAUACUUUGACUCAUCAGGAAUUUUGGCUGGUGGCCUGCUCAAGUGUACGCUGCAUUUUAAAAAAAAAGGCAUGGAGGGUACGGUCUUACUUACACAAUUAAACACACACACACACACACGCGAGACUUAUUUUCAGUUUGACUGCUCAAGUGGGAGUCACCCCUUGCUGAGUUUCAAGCAAAGAUCUCUUAGGUAACACAACAAAAAGAUUUAAAAAAAUAAAAAAAUGAAUAAAAAGUUAAAUUUAUUUAUAGAAAUUCCAAAGGCAACAUUUUAUUUAUUUUAUAUAUUUAUUUAUUAUAUAGAGUUUAUUUUUAAUGAAAUCUGUACAGGCCAGAUAGGCAGUUUGGAAGCUUUAGGCUCUGUAAAACAUUUCAACAGCCAGGCCACUACGAACCUGUGAACCACACAAGUCAAACGUAAAGGUGCAUGGAGGCAAAGGGAAGUCUAGUGACCCUAAUGUACGGAAGGUGGAAUCUCUUGUGUGCCCAUAUUAUUGUAAAGAUAUGCACAGCACUCUUAAAACUGAGUGCUCACUCUUCUGAUGGCUUGUUUCAUAGCUUAAAUCCCCCCUUUCCUCCCCAAGGAUUAAAGAUAAAACUGGGUCUUCAAAACUUUAAUUCUGUGUCUGUAAUAUUUCCUCUUUGAUAAGUGACUUAUUCCAUCUUUGUAAGCUUCACAGUUGUGAAAGAAAAAAGAAAGACAGGAAAAGAAGGGUUGGUAUAUAUUCUACUUGUUAAAAUCUACUGCAGAUAAUACCAAAGCUAAAUGAUAAAUAUGCUCUUUUUAUUUAAGCAGAAUGCCAGAAACAUCCUAAUAUUGACAUUUUGUACUAAUUAAGGUUCUCACAACUAGUACAAGAGGCCAGGGACAAGGUUCAACUCUUGUAAACUUGUUUAAUUGUGCACUUGCCUAUCUACUCUGAAAUUACACAAGUUCCAUAGGGGGUUCUUAUUGUAACAUCUUUUAUGGGGAAAGAAUUGCUUUCAGUGUGAACUGUCAUAAUACAUAUUAGCACCCUUCUUAAUGCAAAAUGAAACUAAUAAAUCUCUAUUGAGAAUUGCAAUGAGGGGGAAAGUACUAUACUCGUUUUAUUUCCUGAAGUUAUCUUUCCAAUGUUCCUGAAAGUAUAUCAUGCAGGCUCCACUUUCUUAUAUAUGUCAUUUGGAUUAGGUAACAUAACAAGUGCAAACACUCCUUUAGUUUUGGGCUAUAAUUUCAGACUUGCCCUUAGAAAAGAGCCUUUGUCACGAACCUUUGAGAACUACA